AUGCAAAUCACGAAGGAAUACCUUGAGAAGGCACUUGAAUUCCUACGGAACGUAGAGCAAGAGGUCAUGACCACGAUUAUCCCAUCCAUGGCUCCUGUGGAUGUUCCUGCUGAAGGCCGAACUGAGCAUAAUACUUUGCUUGACGUCGCCAGUGCCCAGUGCAUUGAGCUUCAGCCGAAGCUGGCGGCUUACCUGGUGCUUUUUGGCGAAGAAGACCUGAUUAGAAAAUUGACUAACGAGCGCGUGUCUAGAUCUGUAUCGUUGUGCAACAGAAAAGGUUUGGAGAAACUCGUUUUAUUACUACUGUCGACAUGCUUCAGAAUAUGUCUGGGGAAAAGGCUACAAGAGGCGACGGACGGUUGGGCAACCUCAAUUCAAAAUGGGCUUACAAGUAGACAACUGUAA